UCGUCCUGCAUAAAAGCCAUGGAUGGAGCCCCAUCGAGUUACCUGCCCAACAAUCCAUCUUUCUUGCAAGAUCCGUGGAAGUCACCGCAACCUUUCAGUCCCAUUUCUCACUCGGAAUUCGAGGCGGAAGAGAAGUCAUGCGGGGAUCUGGAUUCUUGCCCAAGAUCUCCGGUCGAUCUUAAUAGCUUUAGUUUUUCACCUGUUGAUAUGGAACCUUUGACAAGCCUCUUUUCUUUUAACACAUGCUCAUCGCCUUACAAAGAAUAUUCCCCCCAUAAAGAAUUCAAAAAUCAUGAUCCAAAUGACGUAUAUAUUUCCAUGAAGCAUCCAUUAGUCCACAACAAUGGAAAUCAAAUAAGUGGCCAAGUUUCAGCUCAAACUCAAACAUUUGGAGGACAGCUAUCACCUCUCGGUUCCAUGUCCCAUAAUGUGUAUAAUCAAAGCAUUCCAAGAAAUAUUUGUUUAGAUUCAAGUGUUUGUCCUCAAGUAACUCAAGGCCAUCACGUAUCUGUCCAGAGUGUGCCAACAUCCAACGUUUCGUACAAUGCCUACCCACAAAUACAAGUGUCUGGGACUGGAAAUGUUGCUGGAGCAGGAGGAGUAUUUUACACAAGUGACUUCAGUGCUCCUCCAUCUGCAGGUCAAACCCACAGUACUGUUUUUCCAACAGCUAUGAGUGUAAAUUUGUCUAUGAAUAUGACUAUGGGAGUACCAAAUUUUGGGGAUCAUUUUGUUGGCACUGCUACUUCAUCUGUUCCUGCAAAUCAUGUUCAAUGGACAGCUGCAGUACCACCUACACAAUAUGGAACGAAUGGAGCUUCAACGAUGGUUCCUGGCUAUGGACAACCAGUGCAAAUGCAAUACAAUGCUCCAUCACCUACACAUGCUUCAGGAGGAGCAGCUGGAACUUAUACAUUCACUGCCGAAUUUAGACCGGCGGAUUCCUUGUCUCUUCCAUCGAUAGAAAGGGAAUUUUCUUCUUGCAGUACGAGCUUAAAAGCAAUGCCAGGAGCAUUCUACCCAUGCAAACAUGCAACCGUAGCAGUUCCCGUGGAGUCCAAUCAACCCGGUCUUCCUGUGAUGUUUAAACCAAAGCCAAGAUCCAUACCCACAGGUCGUGCUGCUUGUUUUCCAGCUGGUAUAGUGUCAGAAACAUCGCCAACGCAAUCGACGACGGUGUUGGAUUCGGACACUAAUAAUAACGAUUCCAAUUCUUCAGGAAAAUUGAAUCUUUGUAGAAUAUGUGGAAAAACUUACGCACGACCAAGUACUCUCAAAACGCACAUGAGGACUCAUUCCGGAGAGCGCCCAUACAAGUGUGGAACUUGUCAUAAGUCAUUUUCCCAAGCUGCUAACUUAACUGCUCAUAUACGCACUCACAGUGGAGAGAAACCUUUUCGGUGCCACGUAUGUGACAGGAGAUUUUCUCAAAGUUCUUCAGUUACUACGCAUAUGAGGACGCAUUCCGGGGAACGUCCUUAUCGUUGCUAUAUGUGCAAAAAAUCAUUCUCUGACAGCUCAACUUUAACUAAACAUCUAAGGAUCCACAGCGGUGAAAAACCUUACCAAUGCAAAUUAUGCUUGCUUCGUUUUUCACAAAGCGGAAAUCUUAAUCGACAUAUGAGAGUUCAUGCUGGUUCAGUCUGAUAUACAGGUAUUUCUUAAUAAUAAAAAGUACAGAAAAUGGAAGUGUAAUUUACCAUCUUUGAAAUGCCAAUGGUUUAAGUACACCAGCAUUCAGAAGUUAAUCAUCGUUAGCACAGUAUUAAAAGAUUGCGCGAAUUUACAGAACGAGUGUCAAACUAUACGCAGGAUUAAAAUAAAUAUUCACAAAAGUUUCUUUCGUUCGUGUUGGUGGAAGUUAAAAACGAAAAGCAUCUUCUGGGAGAUUAAUUAAGAUGCCUGAAAUACAAAUUUCCUGCUUCAGAGUUUCUGAAUAGUUAUAGCACUAUAAUUCAUUUUCUAAUGCAAGGCAGCAUUGAGCUCUACUAAGCUGGGUAAUUAAAGUAAUUCCUGGGCACCUCUAUAUCCAACGAAAUUUCUUAUAGAAGCAAGUGUCUAUUGAUAAGGAUUAAUAUUCUAAAGAUUAGAUAGCAAGAGAAAUUAAGCCACGUGUAUCUUAACCUCUUAUAGUAUGCGCUUAAAUUUCCCCAUUAACUGACCGCACGACGAAACUUCAAAGAAUAUCUUAAUCACCAGGAAAAGUCACACAGGCCUCUUAGAUAACGUUUUGGUUUGAAAAUAAAUCAUUAAAAUAAAUAAAGGUGUGCCAUGUGCCUCAUAUAUUUAAAGCUAAUCCAUUUCAAAGAAUUAAUUCGUGUGACUCGGAUUAAUUAAAAAGUGUAUUCCCCGUUCUUUCAGAUGAAAGCCGUAUAACUACCAAUAAGUUGUUCAGUUGUCAUAUUACUAAUUUGACAUAGAGUACUAAACAGCUAUAUCUGUCUUCAUACUUUUGGUUCCUUCUAACAUUUCUCAAUACGACCAGUUUCAGUAGAACGCCUGUGUAUAAGUUUGAAGUACUCGUAGUUUCUCAUUGUAUAUAUCAUUCUCAUUAUUUAAAGAAUACCAAAUAAACCUAAGGCCUUAAUGAAAGGUUAUUUGCUUUUGUAUAUAAGGGGCUUCUAUUGGACUCAAGAAGCAACAACUUAAUGAUGUCCCGAAUUAUAUAAAUAUGUAAAUAUAUACUAUAAUAUGAAAAUGAAAAUUUGUGAGCAAUACUAUUUUCUUUACAGUGAUAUUUCAAAGAACUAAAUUUCAUUCUACAGUUGUACAAAAUGUAAAACUUUUAAUUAAAUUAAUAAUUUGU